AUGGCUGACAGCGAAUUCGAAGAAUUUCGCCGAGUAUUCGAUAGAUUACCACAACAUAUAAAAGCUCCAACGCCUUUUUACUCAUUAGUGCCAAAUGUGGGUUUGGAAGAUGAAUCACCGUCGUCGAAGAGUGAGGGUUCACCUGACGAGGAUAGAGUAUGCAUGGGCGAUGCGGAAAUUACCCCAGUAGUUGCUGGCGCAGUGUCUCCAGUUCCACAACCGGAGGUACCAUGUGAAUCUCAACGCAGCCCUCGUCACCAGACCUUCGCAAACGGGGAACGAAGGAGAAGAAAACUACCGGAGAUCCCUAAAAACAGAAAAUCUACGGUAAUACCAUGCGGCCAACCGGCUUCGCUGGCCGACGAAUUAGGAUCACUGUCUGGAAUGGUUGUCAGGCCAGGAUGCCAAGGUCGACCGCUGUUAGUGCUCAAAUGCGGAUAUCUGCUAGACGAAGACUCGAGUCCAGAUUCCGAACGCCUCCAGAGCCUGGGGGAUGUAGACAGUGGUCACAGUACUGCGCAUUCUCCGAUCGAUACGGGCCCUAAGAGUAUAUCGCCUACGCCGCUUCAACAAAAUGUGUCUCCAUCAUCGAGUUGUAGUAUCAGUGGCAUCAACUUCGUGGGAAAUAUAACUACAGUUCCUCACAAUCAAUUGGAAAUGCUCGAAGCGACACACAGAGGCCUACACAAGUUUAAUCCGAGACAUCAUGAUGAAAUCGAGGUCGAAAUUGGAGACCCCAUUUAUGUACAGAAGGAGGCGGAUGACUUGUGGUGUGAAGGGGUAAAUCUACGGUCAGGGCAACAAGGUAUCUUCCCCUCAGCCUAUGCAGUUGACAUGGAUUACAAUGACUUUGAUCCAACAAAUGCUAAAGUUAAGCGAGAAAGAUAUUUACUAGGGUAUAUGGGUUCGGUUGAGACAUUAGCCCACAAAGGUACUGGAGUAGUAUGCCAAGCGGUGAAGAAGAUUGUAGGAGAGUGUAGCGGAGAACCUAGUGCGCAGCCCUGUAUCCUAGAAGUUUCAGACCAAGGUCUUCGUAUGGUUGACAGAUCUAAACCUGAUCGAACACGAAGCGGGCCCUGCAUUGACUAUUUCUAUUCGUUGAAGAAUGUUUCGUUCUGCGCAUUUCACCCUCGUGACCAUCGAUAUCUGGGUUUCAUUACAAAACAUCCAACUCUUCAACGCUUCGCAUGCCACGUGUUCCGUGGGCAGGAGUCGACAAGACCUGUCGCUGAAGCUGUCGGACGAGCUUUCCAGAGGUUCUACCAGAAAUUUAUAGAAACAGCAUAUCCAAUAGAGGAUAUUUACAUAGAGUAAAAUGCAACAACAAUUAUACUAAGUGUCAACUUUGUUAUGUCACAGACUUAGUUUCCGUGUGUUAUACAUAAUUAUGAAAUCAUUUAAGAAUGAUGAUUUAUGAUCUCCCAAGUAUACCGGGUUACUUACGUUUUAAAUAUGAGUAAAUGAAUCAAUAUAUCAACUGAGUUUUAAGCUUCGUUGUUACAAUAAGUAUAUACCCUAGACUUUUGUUUCCAUAUACUGUUGAUGUAUCUAAUGUCUGUGAUAUUUCAAAGCCAGUUUAAAUUACGAGUUUAGAUGUCGAUUGUUGUAUCCCUUCUCAAAUAAAAUUCCCACAAGUUUGUUACAAUAAAAUUGAACGCAUUGAACCAGGUAUGUUGUAAAAUAAAGUAGUUACCAUUCUGACUAAAAAUUUAAAAUUGUAUAACUUGUAAAGUUUUCUAAUGCUAUAUUCAUUUGAAUAGAUAAUAAAUAAAAUGAAGUUUGAGCAAAAGUGGGAAAGUCAAAAUAAUCGUGAAAACCAUUAGUACAUUACAUAUGCCUACUUACAUAGUUAUCAAUAAGUAGCAUGCGAGGAUGUUAAUGUAAUGACAUAGUAUUACAUUUUAAUAUACACAAAUGUCUAAUAACGGCUCUCACUGAUUAGUAGUAUACAAUAGGUGACAAUACAUAGCUUAAAGUAUUAAACUAAACAAUUAAAAUAAAAUGAUGGACCUAAAAAGUGUAUUGCCCGAUAUAAAAAGAAAAUACUUACCGCAGGAUAUCUUGUUGUAGCAGCUUGUAAUAAUUAUACUAGAAACAGGUUAAGACGUCAGUAAUGUUAAACGUAAGAGACUUUCUUGAUGACCGUACUACUAGUUUCUAAAGAAAUUCUAUUCUUAAGAUUCGAAUAGUAAAGUUGCACUGCUUGCUUAAUAAACAAAUUGUAAAAUCAAUGCACAAAACUCGCAUGUUGGAAACAACGACACCCCGCGCCACCACCGGUGCAGCUGCCAUCGCCCUUUGCAUGUUCAGUACAAAUUUAACAAACAAGGUUUACACGUUGUUGCCUAUAUCGAAUGAAACCAAUUCGGGGAAUGUUUGUGAGAGCUUUUAUUAAACAACUACAACAGCAGGUGUAUGGUGCUCUGACUCAAGAUGUUUGAAUGCUAAAUAUUACUAAACAAUUUUGUAUUGAUAUCUUAACGCUAACCACGGUAAAACAAUCAUAAUAAAUAUUAUCAAGAGAAUCUCAAAAACUGUGAUAUGCAAACAGUUGAUUUCAGGUGUGGGUGUAGAUUGUUUUAUACUAAUUAUGUAGCUGUAAUAAAUAAGGAAAACUUUGAAAAGAAAACUAUUCUCAUGUACCACACGACUAUGUAAUCUUCGGUAUGCUUACUAUCUGUAAUUUAUAAUCAUUCGUAGCUGUAUGUAUUCGAGGACUACAAAAAUAUAUCCAUUGUGUUGAUUAUUUUCUAUUUCAUAGAACUCCAAGGUACCAAACAUAAUGGGCCAUCCACGUAUCUGAAUGCCGAAGAUAGAGCCCACAACCAAAAACAAUAAAAAUAACAGUAGGCGUUAUGAAUGCACUGUGUCUUAAAAUAAUAUUAAAAACGUAUACUGGUAUGUUUGUACAUAUUCAAUCAAAAUACACAGAAAAUAAGCAAAAUUCGGUUCUAUAUAUAAAUGUUGUUUAGAUUGUAUCCUACAUCACGAUAAAAUUGCUGCUAAUUGCAUAAUAUGCAUAAUAAUUUGUAAAUAGAUAUUUAAACUGUAACUAUAAGAGACGAGUAUUCACGUUGUUAAUAUAGGUUGC